CCGAAGACAGUUCCUCACUCACGUCAUCUUAUUCAUCAUCCCCCUCAUCUUCUGUGGAUCUACAUAUGAGCCCGGCACAAGUACUGUUGAGGGAACCUAUGGAGCAGCUGCAUAUGGCCAGCAACGAAACAGAUUUGUUACCAGAAAAGUUCACGAAAACACACUCGGCAAAUAUUCUACCUCCAAUGUCAAGCAAAGGCAAGAAAAGCGCAACAGAGAAGGAACCGGAAAGUUUUUUCCUCAGUAUUUACAAGGACACUGAGAUCUUUCCGUCAGAGAAGGAGAAGCCGCCGAAACCCUCGAAGAGAAAGUUGUCAAAGAAAAGAAGCUUGACCUCAACAACAGUUUCGCAAAAGCCAAUAGGGAACGGAAAGGAAGUUCAAGUUCCGGCUGUUAAUCAACACAGAGUUGGUGAGAAGAAGAAGUCGGUUAUGUUUAUGGAGGGUUCAGCCCUGACGCUAGUAUCAUAUCUGUCCAGUGCUGAUGAAAUCAGUGCGACACCGUCAGAAGAGGCCACUGGUGAUAGACCGAGGUACACGCGAGAGAGUAGGCACGAGAUAUCUUUGUUUCCCUCCAGCAAGAGACAAGGGGAAGCCUACGACUGGAUAGAUUUUGAGCUGCAGAGGCGGGAAAGCCUGAAGGUAGGGAGGGAAAAGCGAGAGACUGAGAACCGGGAGCGACGAAUGCUGUUGAACUUGAGACACAUGGAGAGGAUGAAGAAAAUAGCAGGACAUGUCCAGAAAGUGUUCACUGAAGAAAGCGUUCAGAUGCGGGCUCCAAGGACACCUUUGCUUGUCAAAGGGCAGAUGCUGAGCUCCAUGUACGAACCCCAGUCCAUGCUUUCCUACAGAGCUGCGAUAGCCACCCCUCCAAGAAUGCCUUCAACAAUACCUCCAGCAAUGCCCUGCAGCUCAAUGGUCUCAAAGCCUCAGAGACUCAAAAGCGAACAGCCCUACAGUAUGUUCAUCAUAAUCAGGGACACAUAUGCACCCCCCAAGAUGCCGGCUCCGACCCCCAUGGAGAAGCGGCUGCUGAGGGAACGUUUCCCCCAAAACAAGAUACCUUCCACCGGCCUGGAGCCUGAGCUGAUCGAGAGGAGGAUCUACACACCAUCAAUGACUCGCAUCUACAUCCCCAAAGAGCAACAAAGCAAGAAAACCUUCAUCGAAAGGUUUCCGUGCCAGUGACAAACAAAAACGUGCUCACAAGAUCGGGGACUCGGGAGAAGUGAGAGAGCAAACGCAGCUUAAUCAAUAUUGUUAAAAAUAAAUAGACCUUUUCACCCCUUUUUAAUUUGUACGUCUCAUU